AUGGCUCUCCACGGGAAGUCCACCUCUAUCACCUCAAUAGUAAACGGCCGAACCCCCAAGUCCCCCUCCGCCACAUCCCCCCAGAAAGCACGUUUCCCCGUGCCGUCUUCCUUGGCCCUGUCUUCUGCGUCAUCUCCCGCUACCAGCGCCACUAUUCCCGAUGGUCAAGCCAAGCCUCCUACCUCGUCCGCAGAUGACCACUUGCCAGUACCAGACUACAUCUCUCCAGUUCAUUGGCCGUCAACGAAUCCUGUGUUUCAGCUCAGCAAGUACGAGUUUGCGCCCAGUACUGACUUGAGCACGUCCAAGAUGCGGGUCGAAGUAUGGGGUCGCACGGGUGGCGGAGAGUCUCAGUCACCAGACAACACACGGCCUCCGGCAGGGAAGGCGGCAGACACCAAGGGUAAGGGCAAAGCGAAGCAGCCCGAUGACGAAGCCACCAGCUCCGAGUGGCGGAUAUUGGAAACCUGGGACGUCGACCUCAGACAUUUAACCGCUCUGACAGAGGAUCUUGCAGCUCGUCCAGGCCACCUGCCCUCGAACACGCUGCUGAUCGCCCUCUCUACCGGAGAGACGUUCUAUCUCCCUCCGCGCUCCCUAGGUCCUGCAUCACCGGCGCGAUCACCUUCCCCGAAUGCCGGGUACAAUUCGGACCCGGAAGGCGAUUACGCCGCCUUUCUCUCGCCCCGGCCGGAUGCGAGCUUUGACGGCUUGCCAUUGAGUCCAGCGAUGAGCGAGUUCGACGGCCAUAGCCGACGAAAGGGGGCGGGGAAGUCCGCAAAUUUGCAAGACAUCCUCAAGCUGAUCAACCUGCAGGCGUGUAUCUUGGACACGGAGCAGUCGUUGGGCGAGGUAGUGCGCGAGAUCGACAAGACGGUCGUUCAUAAUGAACUCGGCGCACUAGUUCGAGAAGUGUCUGAACGGGAUGCUUGGGUAUCUGAAUUGAAAGAAGAACAAGCGAAAGUCGAUCGAGAUUCAGAGAAUUUGAGAGCCCGCAUUGAAGCGCGAAGACGAGGCUUACAACAUCGACGCGAGACAAUUGCUCAAGCGCGCCAGGCGCACGAGGAAGACCUCGCAGAAGAGUCACGGGUCGACGACGCUAUCGUAGAGGAACGGAUCCGAUUAUCAUCCCUUCGCAGCCUAUUGCCCAUCAUUCGCAGCAACCUCAUUUCCAUCGUUUCAUUCAUAUACCCUAUAGAGCUCGUCUCUCCUCCAGACCUUCUCUUCACGGUCCUGGAUGUACCACUCCCUAUACCCGCAACGGCCACGGACCCGGCCCCGCCACUAUCAUUACCUGCGCACAAGGAGGUUACAGAGGACAGUGUCGCCACCGCGUUGGGAUACUCCGCACAGGUCGUGCAGCUGCUCGCGGCGUACAUGGGGCACAGGCUUAUGUAUCCUGUGACGUGCGUGGGCAGCAAGAGCAUGAUCAAGGAUGGGAUCUCAGCGAUGGUUGGACCGAGAAAUUUUCCGCUCUUUUCCAAGGGCGUGGACACGUACCGGUUCGAGUACGGUGUGUUCCUACUCAACAAGGACAUCGAGAUGCUCAUGACGGAACGGAAUCUGCGCGCGCUCGACAUGCGCCAUACGCUCCCGAAUCUGAAGAACCUGUUGCUCACGCUCACCGACAACGAGCAGCACAGUAUUCCGGGCCAUCGCGUCGCUUCGUCCUCGGUCUCCAUCUCUUCCCUGCAAUCGCAGUCCCCGAUGCCGGCGACGACGCCGCUUCCGGCGUCCGCCGACCCGACGCCAGGUGCUGACAUCGGGGAUGCCGGUGCUGGCGGUGGCAAGCAUUCUGCAGCUGACGAGCCGGCGCCAGCGUCCGAGAAUGGCGCGGGCGUGGGUGCGGGCGCGUCGAGCGGCGGGACGCCCCCUGCGAGCGGGACGACGACGCCGACGAAGGGCCCGCAGCGCAAGGCGCGCGCGUUCCUCGACCUCGCGCCGCUGACGGGCUUCCUGUCGCUGCGCGGCCGCUAUCCGACGAGCCAGAAGCCGACGGUGAAGCCCGUGGAGGCGUCAGACGCGGAGACAUCGGCUGGGCAGGCGAGCACGGCUAACGGGAGCGGCGCACAGACGGGCGAGCCGGGGGACGACGGGGAGGAUGAGGACGACAGGAGGACUAUUCGCGCGGGGGGCACGGUCAGCGGGGAAGAGGAAGAUGAGCCGGUCGAGGAGGGCAAGGGCGCGCGAGCCGCUGCGAACGGGGACGCGCGACAUGCGCCGCUGCCCAUCCCUGUCGUCGGGCGGGAGAAGGUGGCGGGGGACCACGGUGCGCGUUCUCCCCCGAUGGUGGCGGGCUCUUAG